GCGUUUCUUUGUUAAUUCCAACCCCGUAGAUUUCCCGAAGAAACGGAAACGGAGCCGUUGGAACCAGGACAGCCUGGAUCAGAAAACGGUGAUCCCGGGGAUGCCCACCGUGAUCCCACCGGGACUCACCCGGGAGCAGGAGCGAGCCUACAUCGUGCAACUUCAGAUAGAAGACCUGACCCGCAAACUACGAACGGGAGACCUGGGCAUCCCCCCUAACCCUGAGGACAGGUCGCCCUCCCCGGAGCCCAUUUAUAACAGUGAGGGGAAGAGGUUGAACACGAGGGAGUUUCGGACCAGGAAGAAGCUGGAGGAGGAAAGGCACAACCUGAUCACUGAGAUGGUGGCCCUCAACCCCGACUUCAAACCCCCCGCUGACUACAAGCCGCCAGCCACCCGUGUGAAGCGACAAAGUGAUGAUCCCAGGGAUGACAAUACCCCCGAGAUCAACCUUCCGUGGGGCUGCUCAGUCAGGGCGCAGAGGGAACACGCUGAAGAAACAUCGAGAAGGAAUGCAGACGGCCAAGAUCAUGAUCCGCGGGAAGGGCUCGUCAAGGAGGGAAAAAGUGGGGCGAAGGACGGGCCAGAUUGCUGCCGGGGAAGGACGAGCCGCCUCCACGCUUUGGUCACCGCCAACACCAUGGAGAAGCGUCAAAGAAGGUGCCGUCGAGGCAGGGGGGCUGUGUAUCUCUAUGGGGCUGUAUAUGUAUAUAGGGGGGCUGUAUAUCUAUAUAGGGCUGUAUAUCUCUAUGGGGUGUCUAUAUGUUUAUUUCAGAUCCGUAACAUACUGAAACAAGGCAUCGAGACGCCCGAGGACCAGAACGACCUGCGCAAGAUGCAGCUGCGGGAGCUGGCGCGGCUCAACGGCACCUUGCGCGAGGACGACAACCGGAUCCUCCGGCCGUGGCAGAGCACAGAGACCCGCAGCAUCACCAACACCACCGUGUGCACCAAGUGCGGGGGGGGCGGCCACAUCGCCUCCGACUGCAAGUUUGCCAGGUUAAUUAGUUAAUUAACUAAUUAGGGGGGUAAUUAAUUAG